UGAAAUCCAUAAGCAAUGCCAUAUUCAAGAGAUAGACUCAUGAGAGCAGUUGAUAUAGCUCAAGUCUUCUCUCGAACGCGAUCUGGGACUUUGGGCAUCAUCUCAGAUGAAUCACGGGAGCUGCUAGUCUCUCCUCUUCGACAACGUAGUCCAAUGGGUAUCGGUGGAGGGCGCCGCAGGAACAGCAGUUUUGGCACCCCGGGAUCCGGUAUUAGACAGGGAGGGAGUCUUUACCAAUCUCUGGCCAUGGGAAGAGAGAAUACUCCGCUCACAGGCCGUGCAAGGGGUCGAGGGACGGGCAGUGUGUUACCGUCUUGGUACCCAAGAGCUCCUCUCAAUGAUAUUACAGCUGUUCUGAGGGCCAUUGAAAGGAGGAGAGCUCGUACAGGAGGAAGAGAAGGCAUACCAAUUGAGACCCCAAUAAUAGUUGAGGAUGAAGUGGAUGUUAAUUCAAAUGUACCAUCAGGUGUUCAACUGGAACACAAUUUCUCAACUCCAGCUUCAACUGCCAGAUUGAAGAAGCCUUGCCCUCCAUCAGUCCAUAAUGUAUCAAAUAUUUUGCUUAGUGUCACUAACAUGGAUGCUGAGGAAUCAGAGCUUCUUACACCUCAAAAGAAACUCUUGAACUCUAUUGACACUGUAGGGAAAGCUUUAAUGGAGGAACUACAGAAAUUGAAGAGGACCCCCAGUGCCAAGAAAGCAGAAAGGCAAAAGAAAGUCCGCACACUGAUGUCAAUCCGCUGAUCUCUACUGCAUUAUGACUUUCUUAAGGAUUGGAAAGAGUCAGAAUCAGUGAGAAUAACUGCAAGGCUAGAGAUUUGCAAACCACCCUGCAGUGGACUUGAGGCUGGCUGUCUAAGCAUCCUCUGAUG